UUUGUAGGUCCUGAAGAUGUUUUAAAAUUUCUCGGAAAUGAAAGUGCCGUGGAUCACUUCAAACUGGUAACGCGUGAUGGUGAUUCUCUACUAGUGGGUGCUAGAAAUAUAGUCUUCAAUUUAAGCAUACAUGAUCUACAAGAACAACAACGUUUAGUAUGGAAUUCACCCGAAGACGAUCAGAAAAUGUGUGUUGUCAAGGGUAAAGAUGAGGAGGCGUGCCAAAAUUAUAUACGCAUCAUGGUUGUUACCUCGCCUGGACGUUUAUUUGUAUGCGGUACAAAUUCAUUUCGUCCCAUGUGUAACACUUACAUAAUCAACGACAACAAUUAUACCCUGGAGGCAACUAAAAAUGGACAAGCUGUUUGUCCAUACGAUCCACGACAUAAUUCAACAUCAGUAUUUGCUGAUAAUGAAUUGUAUUCGGGCACAGUGGCUGAUUUCAGUGGCAGUGAUCCGAUUAUCUAUAGAGAACCAUUACAAACAGAGCAAUAUGAUAGCUUAAGUCUUAAUGCACCAAAUUUUGUUAGCUCUUUUACCCAGGGCGAUUUUGUAUAUUUCUUAUUUCGUGAAACAGCGGUGGAGUAUAUAAAUUGUGGAAAAUCGAUAUUUUCGCGUGUGGCACGUGUUUGUAAAUGGGACAAGGGUGGACCACAUCGUUUCCGCAAUCGUUGGACUUCAUUUUUAAAGUCACGUUUAAAUUGUUCAAUACCUGGCGAUUAUCCCUUCUACUUUAAUGAAAUACAAUCUGCUAGUAAUCUUGUUGAAGGACAUUAUGGUCACUCAAGCGCCAAAUUGAUUUAUGGCGUUUUUAAUACACCAACAAAUUCAAUUCCUGGCUCAGCAGUUUGUGCAUUUUCAUUGCAGGAUAUUGCGGAUACAUUUGAGGGCAGUUUUAAGGAACAAAGUGGCAUCAACUCUAAUUGGCUGCCGGUCAAUAAUGCCAAGGUACCCGAACCACGUCCCGGAUCAUGCCAUAAUGAUUCACGAACACUUCCGGAUCCGACAUUAAAUUUCAUCAAAACACAUUCUCUAAUGGAUGAAAAUGUUCCAGCAUUUUUCGGUCAACCAAUUUUGGUUAGAACAAGCACUAUCUAUCGCUUUACUCAAAUCGCGGUAGAUCCUCAAAUCAAAACGCCGGGUGGUAAAACCUAUGAUGUGAUAUUUGUGGGCACUGAUCAUGGUAAAAUCAUAAAAUCUGUUAAUGCUGAAUCAGCGGAUUCCGAUAAAAAAGUGACCUCAGUGGUUAUAGAAGAAAUCGAUGUUUUGCCAAAAAGUGAACCUAUACGCAAUUUGAGAAUAGUGAGAACAAUGCAAUAUGAUCAACCCAAAGAUGGCAGUUACGAUGAUGGUAAAUUAAUCAUUGUCACUGAUAGUCAAGUGAUUGCCAUACAAUUGCAUCGUUGUCACAACGAUAAAAUCACCAGUUGCAGCGAAUGUGUUGCACUGCAGGAUCCAUAUUGUGCCUGGGAUAAAAUUGCUGGCAAAUGUCGUUCACAUGGUGCGCCACGUUGGCUUGAAGAGAACUAUUAUUAUCAGAAUGUCACAACUGGCCAACAUGCUGCAUGCCCCUCAGGUAAAAUCAAUUCCAAAGAUGCCAAUGUUGGCGAACAAAAAGGCUAUCGUGAUGAUAUGGGUCUUUUGGAUCAAAGACGUCAAAGUAAAGAUCAGGAAAUGAUCAAUAUAAUGCAAGAUAAAAACUUUGAAGGUCCACAAAUUUCUCCAGAUAUAAUCAAUGCUCAAUAUACUGUUGAAACCUUAGUGAUGGCUGUUUUGGCGGGUUCCAUAUUCUCGCUAUUAGUUGGUUUCUUUACCGGCUACUUUUGUGGUCGUCGUUGUCAUAAGGAUGAGGAUGAUAAUUUACCCUAUCCCGAUACGGAAUAUGAAUACUUUGAACAACGGCAAAAUGUUAAUAGAAUUCAAGCUGAACCCAAAUUAUUACCUCAAGUUGAAGAGGUAACCUAUGCUGAACCGGUAUUAUUACCUCAACCACCAAGUCAAAAUAAAAUGCAUUCACCAAAGAGUACUUUACGUAAACCCAUGCAACAUCAUGGUGCACCCAAUUCCGAAACAUUCUUCCAAUUUCAGCCCGAUGGCUAUAAUACACAACAAACAUAUCGUUGUCGCGAUAAUUUCGGUACUUUAAGAUCUCAUCAAGUUAUGGGUGAUAAUUAUCGUCGUGGUGAUGGCUUUUCCACCACUCGCAGUGUCAAGAAGGUUUACCUUUGAGACGGGAGUGGGGCGGCUGAAACCAGUCAGGGAUUAAUUACCCAAAAUAUGGCUGUUAACACAAAUACACGUAAUCGAAGUCUUGGCCGUUUAAGAAGGCAGCCGCCCCGUCAUGGUAUUGCUCACAAGGGGGACAUAUUUUAUGUAUGGAUGCUUUUCAGCAUUUUUUGGACCGGUUUUUAGAAGAUUUUUUUUUAAUAAUAUAAAUUUCAAAAAUAGAUUGUGUUGUUACUUUAGAGUAGUUAUAAGAUAAUUAAAGGAAAUGUUUUAUUAUUUUUUGUGUAAAAUUUCAACUCAUCUUUCUACAUGUUUUUCCAAGCAACAUGUUGUGAAGAAUACAUGAAACCACUUGUUAACUGUCAUAAGUAAUUAGGGGAUUU